GUUCUCAACCUUUCUGUCCCGUGCAGGCGGCUGAAGCAGGCUGUCGUGUGAUAAUGGCGUAAUUUCCCGAUGCUGUCGAUGCUCGGUGGCAGUGGCAAGAGCUGCUAAAUGCUCGCUGAUUCAGCGACAUAUGUGUGGCAUCCUAGCAUUCAAUGGUAGUGACGGAAGCUUCGCUGUUACAACUGGUCGCGGUGUGUGGGCGUGUGUUGCUUCCGUACCGCUGCAAUGACUUGCAAGGUUCUGAGUUGUUACUACGUGCAAACAUAUUUUGUGCUGUUAGCAUCGAGGGGGCGUAUGUUGUUAGGAUUUAUUUCAUUUUCCAUUAUCGUUUACGCCCAAUUAACACUGAUCCCGGCAAUAACGCAUGCGUGCCGGCGUCCGAGCAAUGACGAAAAUCGCAAGGAAUAGAAUAUGAAGUAGAUUGUUAAAAACUGCGGCCCCACUGUCUGUGGCUCGUGAACGUGUCAAGUCGAACUUUGUUUGUGCAUAAUUGACGUGCACCGAAGUCCUUGCAAACACGAUCACUGCAAUUCUGCCUAAAAUAAUAAAGCGAAAGAAAAAAAAAACACAUUAGAACAUGACUCUAUAAAAUACGUUUUGUCUUUUUUUUUUUUUAAUAACUGGUUCUAUGCCUCAUCAUGUAGUAUUUCACCAUCUAAGGUACCCUUUUUCGGCGUCAAACGUGUUGACGUUUUCGUUUCUAAUUUUCUGUGCAGUGCCUCCGUAGUUCGUAUCCUUUAUUUUUGGCAAUGUAUGGAAAUCGAGCCGCAACGUUGAUAACUGGUACUUUAAUAGUAUCAUUUUUCCUUAGCUGUUGCUUAUCCGGAGCUCCGUGUGUUUCUGACAAAUCUACGUUCAGUUUCGCAGACACCGCAUCAUAUGAUUCGUUCUCAUUGCUCUGCCAUGCAGCAUCCGCGGAUGAUCAAUACUGCGCAUGACCGUAUCCAUCCAGUCGCCCUGGCCAAAAUGGCGAGCGUUUGGCGUUCACGAGACCUUCUCGCCCCGAAACCUUCCUUGUUCCCUUCCGUUUCACUGUCGACCUUCGCGUUUCGUUUGACAUGCAAUCGGUGAUCUCGACUCCCUGUUUCAUCACAGGCUCGGGGGUUCUGCAAGUGGUGACGGUUGGAAGUAUUUUAGCAGUGUCGACGAAUCGCAUCGACUUGGUUUUGCCGGGGAUCCCUGGAAAUGUGUGAGUGCGUUGACUGAGCCUGAUCUUUGCUACGGAGUCGUCUCAAAUUUGACAAUUGCACCUUUUCCUUUUUGAAGUCAGUGAAGAGAGAACAAGAGCUAUGGGUAGCAGCUGUUCUUCUGCGCAAAAGAAAGACAAGGAUCGUUCCAAGAAGAAGAAAAAAGGCAGCUGUUCUCCUGAAGGAAGGCGACGCAGUUCAGUGCGUUCCACCGACAGCCUACCCUAUGGCAAGGAGUCCACACCACCGCCUUCGCGAUCUGACCCAUCCGUUGCUGCCACUGCUGGAAUUACAGUGCCCCCUUUAGCUCCAGUUGACACCUCUUUAACAGAAGUGCAACAGAAUAGUGGCUCUCUUGCAUCUCCAGCGCCUCAGGUCACAAGCCCAGCACCAGGCAGUGACACCUUCUCGGAUGAUGGGUUGCCUUGCCUGCAGUCCUUCCCAGAUGAUGUGCAGGCACUGCUGCUUGGCCGGUUGGGUGCUGUGCCUGCAUCCUUGUUGGCUGCUGGCAGCCGGCUUAUCAGCCUCUACAUCUGUUGUGGUCUGGCUGACAUGGAGGCUGAGCGCACACACUUGGAACAGCAUGUCUACCCUAGUGUGCGUGCCUAUGCUGCUGACAAAGGCUACGAUCUCAAUGUGGUGGACCUCCACUGGGGCAUCCAGGUGGAGGCCAUGGAUCGCGACACCUUUGCACAGCUUUGCCGCCUAACCAUUUCACGACUGCGCACACAAGGCCACUUUUUGGCACUGGUACUUUUGAACGAGAAAUUGGAAAAUCAGCUACCGCACAUCUUACCGGCAAGCUUGCCUAGCGAUGUGCUGAUGUGUGUUAUUGAUGCUGUGGAGUCACCAGAACAGAGGCAGCUGCUCCUGGAUUGGUACAUGGAAGACUUGAACUGUGUCCCAAAGUGCUAUAGACUUCGUGCUAUACGUGAACAUAUACCGGACAUUGUGUCUGUGAAUCCCUCAGCACGAACUGCUGCUUUUGAAUUGUGGCAAAAGCAGGCAUCACAAAUGGUGGAGGCAUUGAGAUCUACUCUGUCUACUGAACAGCGAGGAAAGUAUCUUGUGUCAGUGGUGGAAGAAGAACUGGAAGCCGCUGUGUUGACAGAAAGUCAAAAACCCCUUUGUUGUCUCUGGAUGGAGCGAAGGUUCACUCACAGGGGACCCCAGCGGAGCAAUAGUGUUGUUGGCACAUUAGUGGAACCAGCUGAGGGCACUGGUCCCAUCGACCUUUCUGACUCAAAACGGUACAACCUAGUCAGGGCUCAGCUGGAGGACAGGCUUCCCGAGUCACAGAAGCUGGUGCUACGUGUUAAGUGGUCAAAGGAAGGACCCAAUGCUGAGGAGAAUAUUGAGUAUUUUGAUGAGCUAAGCACUACACUUAGCCGGGACCUGAAAGCCAUGGUGGACACUGUUGGUGAAGAAGAUGCAAGUGAUGAAACAACUCGACCAUGCCGAGGAAUAGAGCAGCAGCUAUAUGUGGAGCUGGUGCAGCAGGCGCAGACGUGCCUGUCUCUUUCGGAGACCUUGAUAGGACGAACAGAGAAGCUUGUUCAGCUGGAGAAGUAUCUUAGGAGCAAGCUGCACCAUCCGAUUGUUUUGCAUGGUGCCAGAGGCAGUGGCAAGAGCACUCUGCUUGCCAAAGUGGCUCAGAUGUGCGAGACCUGGGUGCCUGAUGCACCUGUCAUUGUGCGUUUUGUGGGCACUUCACCUGAUUCAGACACCCAGCAGCAGCUACUGCGAAGCAUUUGUGAGCAGUGCUGUGCACUCUAUGGAAUGCACACAAUAUUCGCAUCCAAGAGCAUUGCUGAGCAGCGGGAGGUACUAGGAGUUCUCUUGGACAAGGUGUCAUCUCAUAGGCCUCUCAUCAUCCUCCUUGACGGAUUGGACCAGGUGACCAAGCAUAGUGCUUACACCUUUGACUGGCUGCCAUCUGAAUUGCCUCCCUAUGUCAAGGUUGUACUUACAGUCCGCGAUGGAAGCAAAGAACUCGAGGACCUCAAGGCUAAACUCAAGAAUCAGGAGCAAUGCUUUAUAGACUUGGGACCCUGUGGUGUAGAGCACUGCAAGAACAUUUUCCACAAAUCUUUGGAAAGACGUAGCAGAACUGUGAGUGCUAAGCAAUUGGAAAGUGUCAGUGCAUCAUUACAGCAGUCACCAAGCCCUCUAUUUGCCACACUUCUAGCAAGUGCUGUGUCACACUGGCAUGGAACAGAUGAACCCUCUAUAUUUCACUCUGAAGCUGAAGUGGUGUCUUUCCUUCAUGAUCAACUAAAGAAGGAGGUGCAUCCCAAAGUGACAUCCCUAGUAUUGGGACUACUGAGUGCCUCACGCCACGGACUUUCUGACAAAGAAAUUAUUGAUGUGGUCUCCUCAAAUGAAUCCCUGCUUGCGGAAAUGCAUCUCGUGCAUCGCAAGAGGCUACUGACACGAUGCCCAUUUGCUGUCUGGGCCUUGGUGCGAGUGGGCUUGGACAAUUUUCUAAGGGUCAGGGUUGUGGAGGGUUAUGUGCUCAACACAUGGUGUAGUGAUUCAUUUCGGACGUUGUGCACAGAACACUGCCCAAGUUUGGAGGCUACUCAUGUGUGCACACUGGCACUGUUCGACUAUUUUCAGUCUGUCUCAAGCAUGGAUGUCUCUUCAGUUACAAGUGCAACUGAAGCAGAUAAGGGGAGCCAGUGUGUUCUCCCCCAUGUCCCCAAAAAUGCUGUUUUUUCGUACCGGCGAAAACAUAAUGAGCUGCCUUUCUACUGUCUCCAUCUCAACUGUCUGGCACGUGAAAAUCUGGCAAGUGUUGAUACACUUUUGUCAAGACUUCAAGUGGCUAAUGGCCCAGCUGGUGACAAUGCACCUGUAAAAUGCAGUGACAGUAGUGACAGCAGUGAAGCUCUCGGACAGAUUGUUCGGAGCCAAUUUCUGCUGAAUCCUGAGUGGCUACAGAUAAAGGUCUGCUGCUGUGACCCCUACUUUCUGCUUGAAGAGCUCGACAUGUUCCUGAAAUUGAAUCCUGCUGACACAGAGUGUGCUAUGCUUCGGGAACUGGUCCAGUUGUCCAGCUAUGCAUUGCGCUAUGAUGGAAGGCAAUUUGCAGCGCAUGUAACAGCACGGUUUCGGAAGAUAAUUGCCAGCGAAGCAUCCGAUCUAAAGUUUCCCCAUCUAAAGAACCUCUAUGAAAUGGCACGUCGGUUUCCCUCUUUGGUGCCAGUAAGCGAUUAUCUGCGCGAACCAUCCAAGGAGCCAGCAUCAACAGUUUCACAUGAAGAGGAGAAGGGCCGAACAUUGGGGCAGCUAUACACCAUCAAAGGUGAUGCAAGUCACAUGGUGUCGCUCAACCGCAGUGACCUGCUAGUGUGGGAUGUGUUUGGUGAGAGCAUCGUACGGCGCCUUACCGGCUUGUCGGAGCCCCGGGACCUCAAAAUGGUGGACCGCUUCCGUGCCUUAGUGCUCUGCAAUCGGGAACUUAAGGUAUAUUCGCUAGAUGAAGGACGCCUCCUGGUGAAAUUGAAAGGGGUUAUGAACCAGAAGAUGGCAUACUUUGGUUUGCACAGCCAGGACUAUGUGGUGGCACUCUCCAGGAAUCGUAUGUACGUAAAUAUGCUCAACCUCAGCAGUGGAGACUUGGAGACUACCUUCAAGGUGGGCGAGGACAGGUUUCUCAACAGUCUUCUGGUCAGCGGCAAUGGCAAGAUAUGUGUAUGUGGGGAUGAGACACAAAAGCCAUUCCCAUUACUUGUUUGGGACCUGGCCAAUCGAAAACUACUCUAUGACCUUCGUAUUCCACACCAUGAAUUUAUUACCCGCCUUUCAGCCAUAAGUGGUGAUGGACACUACGUUGUUUGUGUCUGCAGGGAGCUGAGUGACAGUGCACCAAAUUUCAUCAUUGUCUAUGACCUGCAAAGUGGGACAUUGUUCAAGAAAUGGAAGCCUGAACGAAACAGCUGCAGCAUUGCCAUUUCCUCACAGGGUGGUUGUGUUGUCAAUGGGCUUGACAAUUGCUUUGUCCUCGUGUGGGACCUUGCUACAGGAGCAAGAAGGUACACAUUAAAAGGUCACAAUGCUCCCGUGGAUCAAAUUCGGCUUGAUGAAUCUGGCUUCAAGUCACUCACUUACAACUCGGAUGGCAUUGAUCGAAGUGUUCGUGUCUGGGACGUCAUGAAAGGGGAGUGUUUGGCAGUGUUCACACCUGAUUUGGCUGUGACCUGCUGUGAACUGACCCUGGAUGGAAAAGCAGUGGUGAUGGGGCUGGAAGGACACGAUCGCGUCUUUUGUCAUCUGCUGCACGAAGGCGAAGGCGACCAGAGCCCAUCACAGUCUCGUCCUGCAUCAAACGCUUAUGGCAACGUCAGCAACUGUGGCAAAGUCUUUGAUGUCAGCCAACAGGGCUGAGCUGCUGUUUAUCCACUGCCUCUGUUACCAACUCAUGAUAGCGGUAUGGUUGCUCAGCUGGUGCUAGCCAGAGAGAGAUAGAGAGAGACAACAAAUUACUGUUCAAGUGCAGCUUCUUCUGUCUAGCACCAGCUAGCAUUUUUGCCCAUGCCACGUGAGCUGCAGGUGAAGCAAAAUCUUUUUUCAGUUGGCUUUGUGCAACCUAACCCUGCCUCUAAACAUGCAACACACUCACUUGCGUAGGCUGUCUGCAGUGAGAAUACAGAAAGGGCAAAGCUGAGGCUAUCAGUGAUCAUGGAAAAUUUCUAGUAAAUAUUGAUACAUUUAAAGAAGUGUUUGCCUUAUGCAAGAACCAUUUGUGUGUAGAUUCAGCCAGCUCUUAAGCAAUCCAACUGCAUAUAACUGCAGCAUACCUUGCCAACAGAGCAGUUGAUACUAUUGAAGAUUUGAAAGCUCACAUAUUUAAAUGAAUGUGAAUCAAAGCAUACAUCUGCUGUAUCCCUCAGACAGUAUUAGCAUGAUAAAUAUAUUAUGGUUCAUUAAUGAGGUACAGACAUAUGCUUUUUUCAGGAAGGCUGUGUAUGCAAGUCAUGUAUUUUAUAAAUUCAGCCUCCAUUAUAUCUUUAAAAUGUUAUCUAUACCCAACGUCUUAAAGGUCUGAAAACCUGCAACAAAAACUGCACGUUAUUAUUAUUUUUUUUUGAUGUGACAUCUACUUUAAAUUGAUAGAUGGGAAAGUACUGUAUUUAUUAAAUAUGAUGCUAGGGAGGACUUUUGGCGACUCGGAAAAUAAGAAAAUAUAAAUAUAUAUAUUACAAUUAUAAUGCAGUCUAAAUAUGCGUAAUGCAACUGUAGCCAUGAACGUAAGCAUAGUACAAUGUGCAGUGUGCUACAAAGCUGCAUUGCCACACAGAACCCAUUGCAUACACCGCUGCAGAAGAUUGCCUAUUGUACUGGAUUGUUCUAUCAGAAUCAUGAUGCACUGCUCAGAGGGGCCAGGUGCGCCCAUACUGGGGCUGCUGUGUUUGCAUAGAUGAGGCCUUGCAGACAAUAAUGGACUGGGUCGUUGGACACCUUUGUGCCACUAACUCUUUCAUUGUGCUCUCACUUUCUUGCUGACAUGCACUCGCCUGCACAUUCACAUCUAUCUUAUGUCUACAGCAUUGAGACAUUGGCUCUUUUUCAUCAAGUUUGGUCACCAAGUGGUAAAGUUUGACAAAUUUUUAACCAUGAAAUUGGGGGAGUAGGGUGAAUCUCGCAUUAUAUUUAGAGCAUGGUUCUGAAUAUGGCGGAAGGCGUUUUCUCAGACUGGUAAUUUCGCAACAAAAUGUCACAUUAUAUUUGUGGAAAUACAGUACAUAGAUUAGGAGCAUCACACCUUGUUGGAUGAAAGCAUACCAACAUGCAUGUGUCCCUAGCGGAAUUCAGCCUGCUGUGUUACCACAGCUAGUUUUUCCUUCCCAAGUUUCUUCAGAAUUUAAGUCUGUCACAAGCCCUUGUAAGAAACACAGCAGUGCAAAAAAAAGAUUCUGGAGUGCCUGAACAGUAAUACGAUUAUACGGUUUGCCGUAGUGGGGCCUCCUGAUUAAUUUUGACCUACUGGAGUGCUUUGGCGUGCAUCUAAAUCAAAGUAUAAAUGAGCGUUUUUGCAUUUCGCCAUCAUCGAAAUGCAGCUGCCACAGCAGGGAUCAAACCCACGACCUCGAGCUCAGCAGCGCAACGCCAUGGCCUCUAAGCUACCGCGGCAGGUGGCGCAGCAGUAAGCAUUUAUCUCAACACCGGUAGCAGACUUGGAAAACACAGUUUUAGAUCACAUUUCACAUUACAAAAAUGGCUGGUGAAGGCUGCUGGUUAGCAAGAAUACCUUCUAUUGUUGAAAUGAACACAUUUGUCAAGGAAGUUAGAGAAACAUAGAGCUUGAACAGAAGAGAAAGUGAAGUUAUUAAAACCUACAUGGGGUACUUAGCAAAUCGCUUUGAUUUUCUUGUGUGAGGCAUGAAACAUUGCAAUAUAAAGAAUGUACAUAAAUGAAAAUACUCUCUGCCAUGAAGAUAUUGACAGAUCUGUAUAUCUUGGUGCUCACUGUAUGUGCAUGCGUGCAAAAGCGCAUCCUUUUUAGUUGUUUGUGUUCAGCUACUGAUCCUACAGUUUGUUGAAAAGUAGCUUCAUUCCCAUUGAGAGUGCACACAUUGGCGAGUUUGCUGUUUGCAUAAUAGCUGUAAAUUCUGAAGUUUAUAGGCUUAGCUUAAGCAGUAGUUGAUUUUAUUUUUAUUUUUUUAUGAAAAGGGACCACAAUGGUGUCAGAAAAAAUGAAUUUGCAGAAAAUUAUGUUAUUGCAGUUUAUUUCGCCAGCAGCUGGAAUUAUCUCGAACACACUUUUUUCUCCGACUUGCAGUAAGGCAUGACAUUACUUAUUUCAGAUUUUGUUAAAGACUUGUUUCAUGGUCUUCUAUGCACAGUCUGAUGUGCAAUGCCAAUGGCAAAGGGUGAAAUGAAUGGGAGAAGGACGAGGUCGUUUCAAAAUUGUGGCAUUGACCUCAUACUGUCACAACACAUAGCUUGGGCGUCGCCUACGGUUUCGGCCAGAGGAGCUCCCCGCGUAGAAUCUCCAAUGGCUUAAAACUCCUCAGGACCUUAAUAAAGUUCUUGACUGACUGAUACUGCAGACGAUCAAAGGAAGUUUCAUUUGGUGUUCACUCAAUCAUUUCACCAUUAGGUUUGGCAGCCAAACAGCACUCGGAAAGAUAACUACCCUACGACAUAAACUAUAGCUAGUUCCGUCAUUCACAGUGGCAGUAUUUGCAAUGUGGAACAUUCAGAUCUUGUCCCGAAAAUAGAACAAACGAUGAUGUGGUAAUAAUGUUCAGUUAUACAACAGUCCCCUAUGAAGGCCACGGCAGUGCCGCAAUAAAGUCCAAAUAAUCAAGCGAGUCAGAAAAAUUGGUCAGCAACUGUUGCAGGUUGAUAAAAAAAAAAGAAAGCAGCAACUGGUAUACUUCGUUUUUUACAUAUAAUUGGUACUCAGGCAUGGGCUACUACUAUUGCUUCUACUUCAAGUACCUCUCAUCUAAAUCAGUAAACUUGUCCUCCUAUUCUGAAACAGUGCACUUCAAUUUCUGUGGCUGGAAAUGUUGCUAUACAAAUGCAAACAGCAGCAUUCUCUCUCAUGAAAUGAAUUCACAGCAUUUUAAUUUCAAAGUUUAUAUGUCUGUACCUCUUUAAGCAGCUGCCUUUUCACAGCUUAUAUGGCAGAAAUAAGAACACCAUAAUAUGUUUCACAGAUGUAGUCAAUUAGUAAAAUGCCAAAGCAACACCAACUUGUUACUAAAGCUCCAUUGCAAGUUGAUGCAGUGUUACUGUUUAUAAAAUGCCUUUUGUAGCCAUCAAUACCACAGAAGCCCCAUAAAUUAAGGCACCAGUGGUAGCUUGGUUGUUUACCCAAGAGCAAUUAUGCACAUCCCAGCUUUGGGAUUAUAGUGCCAUGUGUGUUAUGAUGUGUGAAGUUGGAAUAACAUGAAAGAUGUAUGUUACUUGACCUGUGGAACGAAUGCGAUAGGCUUGAACUCUGCCAUUUAUUGAAAGUGACUUGUGCAGCUGUUCACAGAAGUUUUCAGAGCAUAGAAGCUAUGAAAAGCUCUGUUAAUUUGCGGUUUAAAGGCCCCCUCACCAGACCGCAUAGCAAAUUUUGGUUAUACGCCGGAAGUUGUUACAUGCCCUCUAAGGAGUGUUCUACUGAACAAUUUUUCAAAUUAGUUCAUUAAUAGCAGAGAUUUAAGUGGUGCGAACCCAUGAUUUCAGGAGGCAAGCGUCAUCGCGAACAUAGACACUCACUUCACUUGCCCCGUCUAGCCUCUGCAAGCAAAAUUCCUUCCCUGCAUUCUCUCAUACUAGAGCUGGAGGGUUGUCUGACGCAUACGUCAUGGGCCCCGCGUUCUCUCUCUUUUCUGUCUUUUUUUUUUCUCUCUCUCUCUCUGUCUUGCAUUUUUGCUGAGUGGCGUACUUCCGGUGACGGUAUCGCGUGCAAGCUGUUGCUUUUGUCUCGUUUUGUGCAGCGGACGAUUUUUCACGCUCUGCAUGAGAACACCUGAUCAGUGCCACAUUCACGAACAAUGAAACAGGCGUGAGAGGAUGAAAGAGCCAUGAUCGCGGCGCUGGAACACAGCAGAAAAUGACAGUUUUGUUGUUAGGGUGCACGACUGCACAACGUGAAAACAAGCAGACGCAAAGGACAUACAGCCGCGAACAAAAGUUUGGAGACCACGGCAUCGGCAAAAAAAUCUAAAUAUCUUCAAACGCAGCUUUGCGUAUUGGAAUUGGUUUAAUGCAUUGUAUUGGUCAAACACGCGCACAUAGGCUAACGCUCUUAAUUUCAGCCAGAAUGCCCAGGCUGCGAAGAAAAAAAAAAACAAUAUUACGGUACGUUUGGUCCCCAAACUUUUGCUCGCGACUGUACAUUUCUCCUAUGGUACAAAGUGAAACAUAAACAGGCAGACAUUCGGUUUUUAUGUUUUAUUAUUUCUAACUUUAAUUCGCAUAUUGAAGCAACAGAUUAAACAAAUAACUAAUGUUGCCUUGAAUAAUUCUCGAAGUCACGUGUCACUAUGUGUGAGGUCACAGCACUGCCAUGUAUAUAGGCACACUUGCGCAAUAUAAGUAGACUAUCUGGCUGGGAUGUAACACUUAGCAGACAUGAUCAUUAGUGCAUAUUAUAAUUACUGCGCUUGUCAGCUCAAGAUGGCCAGACCUGGUGAGGGGCCCUUUAAGCACGCAUCAGAAAUUGAAAGGGUCACCCUACUCCUAUGUGUGAACCAUGAAAUGCACUUUUAAAUUUAAGGCUUUAUGCCAAUGUCACAAGAAAUUAUGGAGUUUUAGAUAUAGCGUCCUCAAGCAGCUUUGCAUACCCAAUAACCCAAACUUCUUUGUGCGCCUCUUGCAUUAUUUUGUAGUCUCUUUGCGUUCUUUUGUAUGCCUGGCCAUUAGCACCCCCUAACUUUGGGUUUCCUAUUUCUAAAACUCCCUAUUUUUUACUUUUUCAUGGACUCUGUGAUCGAGAAGCUUGUGUAACCAGCUGUACCAUGUAUAUGAAUGCACUUUGUAACAGGCAGGGCACAUAAACAGGACCGGUACUCACAGAACUUCUGUUGCAUAACAGUGUUUCCUUUUUGGCUGGCUUUUGGGCACCUUUGAUUCAUGAUAGCAAUCUGCAUGAUGACACAACUGCCAUGUGGACAGCCAGUUGCAUACAAAACUUAUGUAAGAUAAGUUUUGUGAACACUGUUCCAGGUCUGCAGCUCAGAAAAAAAUAUGCAUUGCAUGACUCAUUUCAGCAUAAGAAGAGCAAGAAUCUCGCCUUUGUUGUUAUCUUAGAGAAGCACACUGGUUCAUUGCUGAUGUAUUCCUACUGUAGAAGCAUUACUGUGUUCUGUGCAAGUGGCUUUUGUCUUUCAAGCCUUUGCCAACUUUGUGUAAUGCCAAACAUGCUGCAGCUUCAGUCAUCCAAAAACUGCCCUUAGCAUCUACUACACAUAAACUUUCUAUGAUGCAAACAUUUUGAUGCAUGGUUAACUGUCCAUUGUCUUUUUAAAGACUGCCAAUUUUGUCCACAUGUGAAGUGGUGGCAAAGCUCAUUGAGAGGUGCUUUUACAGGAGCCCUUGUGCACUUGCAUCUGCUACUCAAGGUACUCUCCCAGAAGCAGUCAAGAAGCACAUCUACAUUAUUGACAACUGUGCAGGUCAGCCAUUGAAAUAUUCCUUUCAUAGUGCAGCUUAUUGUGGUGGAAGCCUCUUGGGGGAGGUGAGCUUUUCAGAAAGACCCAACGUCAUGUUUCUUUCUUUUUAAUGUGGCCCUUUAGUAGUAGGCUGAGUGCGAGUUGAGGUGUGUGGACUCAAAAUGAACUGCUAUGUGAAGCAUAGAAGUCAGCUCCUACAGGUAUCCUAACUUUCACUGCAUCAGUGCAUAACUGGUGCCUGGCAUUUGAUUGCAACUUAGGCUGAGUAAUUAAAAUACUGAAAUCUCGCCACUACAUCAGAAAAAAAUUUUUUUUUUUCAUCCGGAAAAAAAAUUAUCUGUCAAGUGAAAUGCCCUUGCUCUUUUUUAUUAGGAGUAGGCAAGCAUUACAGUGAAACUUUAUUUAUUAUAUUGAUCUCAUUUUUUAGUGAAAUUACAACUGAAUAUUGACAUAUUGUGACUUCAUCACCAUUAAGAUAAAUGAAGGUGCCCGUAACCCGAAGUGUAACCACGAUCUGGAUCCUGUACGAGUUCUGAAACAUCAUUUAAAUAGCUGCCCCAUUGUAUAGCUUAAAAUGCAAGAAAUCUUCAUAUGGUAGGUGAAGGCAAUCAUUUCCUUUCUGAUACCCCUCAGGUAUUGUUUUAAACCUUGGAACCUGUAGAUCCAACAUAUGAAGCACAGCCAAACGAGCCAUAAGGAACACAUCCAAGCAAAAAUCACACUAAUUAUUGCAGUUAACAGACUCAAAAUAGUUGUUCUGUUGCUACAUGCUUGUGAACAGAGUUCCACAGCAGUGGAGGAUAGUGCAAAAAUGUGCCACUUGAUUUUUGCACUGCCUCUCAUUCUUACUGCAUUGAUGCAUAACAUGCAAUGCGUACAGGAUUGAACCUAUAUUGGUGUUAAGUUGGAGGUGCGAAUGAUGCAAAUGCUUGAUGCAGGCUGUGAGUUAAAGGCCAAAGAAAUGUCUACUGCACAUUUAUGUGCGAUAUGGUUUUAUUUCAAAUCCAGUUUCAUGAGUGCUAGUGAAAAGUUUAAUGCUACUUUUAUCUUUAGGGUCAUUUACAUUCUUUAUUUCAGCAGGCAGUGCAAGGAGAGCUCACAUGCAAACUAUGCUAACUCCACUAUUUAAAUAACUGAAUUUAGCUAGAGGAACAACUUUUGAGGUAGCCUUUGAUGUAAUCAAAUUUUCUGAUGUCUUAAUGGAAGCUUAUAUUUUUCAUGACAAGCAUCUCUCAUGGAAUGUCUCAUUUUGUAAUAUGUUGGCUCCCCAACAUUCGUAAGGACAAUCACUCAAAUGAAAGCAUUAAAAGUUGGCUCAUGCUAGUGCAGUGAAAUUGAGACAAUACUACAUACAGGCUUGGUUAAUUUUCUGCCCAUAAACAUCACUUGUGUUGCUUUGCUUGAUAACACUAGACGUAGCGUAAUUGCCAAAAGGACAGUUGAUCUCUUUUUAGCUUGAGUUAGUCUGGUAUCUGACUUUCACUGUGAGAGGCCAUUCUGGCUACUGAAAUCUUUUCAUUUUCUCUUGGUACACUUGCAGUACAGAAAGAACAAACUUUGCACCAAUUAUUCGGGCCAUGACCUGCCCUUAAAUGUAGUUGUUAAAAGUUUGUGACCAAGAUAUGUAAUAAUACCAGUUAGUGUUAAAAGAAAUGUCCAAAAGAAGUGCUAGCUAGCACUCUAGUGUGUUUUCCUUGGCACUUGCUCAUUUUUUACCGUGACUGGCAGCUGUGGCAGUGCGUAACAAAUUUUUUUCAUUUGCAGUUUUAUUUAGCACAAGGGCUUGGAUGAAUACUAUUCAGGGUGGCAUUUCAAUCAGUAUUGUAGUCAUUUUAGUCGAGUGGCUGGUGGAAGCACUUAUUAAGUGAUCUCGAAAAUUUAAGUAUUCUGCAUUCAUUCACUUAAUGAAGAUGAGACAUUACAAUUACAGCAUGGCCGAGCCGAGAGCAAAAAUGCAGGAAAUGACAAUAUUUACAAAAAGCUGCUUCUGUAGUUUGUAAAAAUAUCACAAUGGCAAAACUGUGCCAUCUUUUUUUGCCAGGCUAAUAUAAACAUGCAUGUUCUUUCAUGUCACAAUAGUGUUAUAAUAAAUGAGAAGAAAGGGAACCGAGGGUCUCGAUUUUUCUUAGUCACAAUCAUAAGAAGCCAAUAGAGAGAGAGAAUAAACUUUAUGCAAAAGAGCACGCAAGCGUAGGUAGCUCCUCCGCUCUGCAGUGGCUGGUCCCCUCUGUCCAGGAGUCCAGCGGCCUUAGCUGCCCUUCUCGCUCGGUUGACCAGGUUGAGCUAAUCCGUUGAGUCAGAGCUGGACAGCGCUGCCUCCCAUUGCCGUGUGGUGGGGUGUGUUAUGGGUGUGAGCUGUGGUGUGUUUGCGCAAGCCCAUACCAUGUGGUAAAGCAUUGCGCAUUGAUCGUAGUGCGGGCAUUUAUAGGAAUACAGCACAGGAUGUAUGGCGUGGUAAAGACUCAAAUGUGGAUAUGUGUUUGUUUGGAGUUUUCGCCAUAUUACAGCUUUUUCUCGUGGCAGAGCAUUGUGAGGCGGUGGUAGUGUUCUUCGUGAAAGGCGAUAGUGUUGUAGCAUGUACGUGUAGGUUAACGGUAUGGGCUCUGUAUAGAACUGCUCAGUGCGGCCAUCUCGCGGCCGCAAGUGGGAUACGAACCAACAUCUUCGUAUUACAUGUGCGAUUCUCUUAACUAUUGAGCUACCAUGGUGCUGUUUUCCCGUCCACUUUCUGGAGUUAUAUGUGUGUGUACUAGAACUAACUAAAUUUCCAUUUAUUUAUAAAUUUCUACAAUUAAAUUAAAAAUUCAAAUAAUUUUCCCUAUGCUUUCUUUGGUGUCAUUGUCUAUUGGCUUCUUAUGAUAAUAUUUUUAUAAAGGCAGUCGGUUACUUUUAUUCCAAUGUGUCACAAUGAUUCGCUCACUCCAAUGAGUUCUCUUUGUUAAGCUAAUGAAAACUUAAGACAUUAAGGCACACUAGAGUAUGUAUCACAGUGCAGAAUGAAAGUUCAUGAGCCUGUUCACACUGCACACUUUUUUUUGCACUUCUCUGCUGCUGGAAGUAUCAACAUCCAAAAAAGAUGUAAUGUGUUGAUGAGCUCUGUUCACUCAUGAUCAGCUUUUUCUUUAUUCAGCUAUGUUUAUCAUUGGAAAAAGUGGAGAAUACAUUUUACAGCUGUACUAUUUUUAACAUACAAUGCAAGGAUGAUUUAACUACUGACAGGUUACAAGCUAUGAUUGAAGCCAAUGCAUAGGCAGUCCAUUUGGCUAGAAAAAUGAGUUCUCACAUGUACACAUCCAAUAGUUCAUUAUAUACAAAACGAGCACAGCAUGGAAGACAGGGACACAUGAAAAAGACAGACACCGCACUGCACUACGUCUGUCCUUCUUUCUCUGUCCUUGCCUUCUGUGCUGUGCUUGUUUUGUGAUGAAUUGCCAACUAGCCCAAGCCUCUACCCUUUUUAACAGAUAGGUUUGGUUUCUAAGGUAUACUUCCCAGUUUCAGUCUAAUUGUGUAUAUUUAUUGGGCUCUCUGAAAUGACUGCUGUCUAAAAAAAAAAUGAAAACAUAGAUAUUAUGCAAAUUAUUUACUACAGUUUUAAUGUGUGUGUGGCAGUUGUGUGCACCCUUUGUCUGUUGAACUCAAGCUAUGUGUGAUUUUUGCAUAAAUGCGCACCACAGCAGGCUGUAGCAUUGACAAUAUUUUAGUCUAAUCAUCUCGGAUGUGUAUUUGUCAAUAGGUCAACAAAACUUCAGCUCCAUGUUUGUCAUGAAUGGGAAACUGCUGGAGAUUGCCAAGCUGGAAAGUGGCCAACAAAAUGUAGGGUGUUGGUGUGUGAUUUUUCGUUCUAGUCUAGAAUCAGCAUUGUUUUGUCAAUACAAGAACAUUCAACUGACAACAGCCCCUGGAGCAUUGGUAGCUGCAUAUGCAUACAGCCCUGCCAGCUUGGGCCUCAACUAAACGCUCAAGCUUUGUCAAGGAACCUAGGCGUUCCUAGAGGCCAAUUAAUUUGCGCAACACUAAAAAGCAAGAUGCAACCAGAGCAGUGAGUUGUUAGGCGCUGUCUGCAGCAAAGCCAAUCUAUCACCUAACUGUAGACAAGUGGUUGUCACAGGGAGGUGCACAUAGACAAAAGGCACAAGGUGGCUACCGUCUGUGAUGGGGUUAGCAGUGGCAACACCAGCUGUGUUGAAUGUGUGAAAAGAAACGCUGACAAAGGUGUUUCCUUGUACCAAAGUACGAUGCUGUCUGUGUGCGCUGCUUAAUUCUUGUGUGCCAUUGAACUUGUACAUAACAGCAUGACUGAUCCAUAAUCCUGUUUCACAAAUAGGUUAUGGACACAUAUAGUUUAAAUGUGUAUUAUUUUCCAGUCUUGUGGCAGGUAAACCUAACUUAUAAAAGUUUUUUUUUUUUUUUUUCACAGGAUAUUGUUAUGUGUACACAUGUAUGUACAGUGGCCUGUGUUUUUAUUCUAUCAACUUUAAAAGCAGAUUUUGCUUUUACCACUGUUUUGCUUUUGCUCAUGUUUCUCAGAAAGAUAGCAUUUUUCAGUCUGAAUUAUUCACUAAAUGCUUGGAAUUUUUAUUUGACUGGUUCCUCGUCCCCCCCCCCCCCCCCCCCCACCCCUCAAAAAAAUAAAAAUAAAAUAAAAUAAAAAAAACUACCAUUAUAUGCUCUACACCUUGCAGCUGGAGAAGCAAGCCACUGCAGAGAUGUGGACUGGUUUCGCUGCCUGUAGGCAACUAAAAGUCAUGGCAAACCAGCAACAAUGAUGCCAAAUGUUUUAUUGGAUGACGCGGACCAAGAAAUGCAAUCGUGUUGCAGUAUUUGAGCAAAAACAAAGCAGCAGUAAGCUAAGAACCUUCUUUUACAGCUGUUACAAUAACAAUACACGUCACUAUAUAUACAUAUAUACAUUCAUAUAUGUACAUGUGUACACAUACACAUUGAAAAACUUGUUGCAUUUGCACUUCUUUGAGCUUUUCUGGUUGUAUACCUUGUGCUAACAGUGUGCUCCUUUCCACUGCUGCUGCAAUGUCAAAGGAGGCAUGUUACUAUCAUACUGGUCAAGCCAGAGACUUAGUACCUAAGGUGUUUGUAUUAAAGGGAAGCUUCUGUUUUCCUUUUAACUACAUGUGUUUCAAAUAAACAUUAAAAAGAAGUGUUCUUCCAGGAUUUUAAAGCA